AUGGUGAAGCCUAAGAGUUUAGAUCGGCAACAAAGUAGAGCAGUCCAGAUUGAUUGGCUCAUGCUCAAGCCACGAGGAGUUUCCAACACAGAAUAUUUGGAUGAGAAGUUCAAGAAAUAUGGCGUGAUCUGUAUCACCUAUCAUGGACAGCUGGAGCAAAAAUGCGCAGCGCUAGAAAGUGAGAUGUGCAAAAUUGCGGAAUUAUUUUUCAUUACUCGUCCAUUCAGGAUCCACCAAAGCCUUAGUUAG